AUGAAGUUCCUUUGUCUUCAUGGCGCCAUUGGCAAUGUCGAUAAUAUUGGUAUCCAGCUAGCACCUUUGCAAAAAGAAUUGCAAUCAGACGAUACUGCUUCGUUCCAUUACAUCAAUGCACCCGUGCAGAUUACUCCUCCGCAAGGCUUUGAAGAAUACUUUGGCGUUGGUCCUCAUUUCCGCUGGGCUGAUGAUGGUGGUGCGGCUGAGGACUCCAUGAUCAGUCGGGUGCGCAAGAUCCCUGACGGUCAGAAUCCCGAAGAUGUGAUGCGCGACCUGAUUGGAGAGCGCAAUGUGGUCUGGCUCAACUACAAUGAUGUGAUGGCGUAUCUGUAUGAUACGAUGGAGAAGGAUCCGGAGAUUCAAGGGAUCAUUGGAUAUAGUGAGGGGGCCUCCAUUGCAGCCACUCUCAUCGUCGAUGAAGAAAGGCGUGCACGGACAACGGGUCGUCUGCGACAGAUCAAGUGCGCCAUGUUUGUCACUGGUUGGCCUCCGAUGCAUCCCGUCGAUGGCGUUCUUCUCGCAGAUGAGAGUGACGUGAUGAUCGAUGUUCCCAGUCUGCAUGUUAUUGGGGCAAACGAUCCCUUUCGACACGGCGCCUACGCCCUAUACAAUGUUUGCGAUCCCGAUACAGCCCAAUUUUUCGAUACGGGCAAAGGUCACACAAUUCCACGUUCUGGACUUGUCAUUCAGGAGCUUGGGGAUGCUAUGCGGGGCCUGAUUGAGCAGGCAUUCAGUCCAGAGGAAUACUAG